AUGUGGACAUCAACUUUGUUAAUUGCAGCCUCGGCAGCAAUAGUUGUCGGCGCCUCCCUCCCACCCGUGACUUCAGCACCUACCGACCUCUCAUCAUGCUCCGCUCAAAUGGACGGCAAGCUUCCAUACUACCAACCACAGGGGUUUAACUUCAGCGGGACUAUCCGUCGCUACUAUGUCGCUGCUGAAGUUGAAACUUGGAACUAUGCACCGUCUGGCUGGGACAACUGGCUUGGCGUCCCAAUGAACGAGUCCUUCCGGGCUCAAACAUGGGGCUACCUUGCUUCAAACACCAGCAUCGGGACGACCUACGACAAAGCCUUGUAUCGAGGAUACACUGGACCCGAUUUCACUGAGCAGAGUGAACAGCCAGAUUGGCUUGGCUUCAAUGGCCCUAUUUUGAGAGGGGAGGUUGGAGAUAUGAUUGAGAUAAUGUUCGUGAACAAAUUAGAUCCAUUUUAUGCAACAAUGCAUUCAAUGGGUCUCUUCUACACCAAAGACAGCGAAGGUUCUCUGUAUCCCAACGGUACCAAUGAAUUCGCACCCGGGAAUGCUGUUGCACCUGGAGGCUGCGUGGUUUACAAGUGGCUCAUCCCACCAGCAUCCGCCCCCGACGCAGGCGAAAACUCUAAGCUUUGGGCCUACCACAGCUAUAUCAGCAUGUAUGAAGACACAGACGCUGGUCUCACUGGUCCCGUAAUCGUCUACAACCCCGGUACGAUGAAUGCCACCAUGGCCAAGAACAGAGAAUUCAUCCUCUUUUACGGAGACAACCAGGAGAGUAAUUCCUUCCUUGCGAUGCAUAAUGUGAUGAAGUAUUUGCCUGGUUUGGCGGGGAGUGUCAUGAAUGAGACGAGCACGUAUCCGGCGAUGCAGCAGGGAAAUGAGAGUUAUUGGUAUCCGCAGGAGGUUAAUAGUCCGCUUACGAACGUCGAUACUUCUGUUGCGGCGAAUUUCUUCCCCGUGAGUUGCCAUUUUACAUCCUAUACAUGCUUUGAGGAAUCGAUAACUGACAAAUCCCAGAUCAACGGCUUCAUCUUUUCUAACAACCCGCCCUUCAGCAUGUGCAUCAACGACGCCGCCAUCUUCUACAUCAUGGAUAUGGGUUUUGACACCCACGUUGCACACUGGCACGGCAACAAUGUGCUCCAUAAUGGAGUCAUGAUGGCGAGCGUACCAAUCAAUCCCGGCCAGAUGCUGACCACACAUAUGACCGCUACGAAUCCGGGGCUCUGGCAGGUCAUUUGUCAUUUUAAUACGCAUUUGAGCAAGGGGAUGGAGGCGUGGUAUCGGAUUUAUGCGCCGUGGGAGAAGUGUCCUUUGGUGCCGCUUGAGAGUUGA